CAGCUUGUGGUCGGCUGGGGGCAGACAGCGAGAAAGGGGGAGUAAGAGAAGGAGAAAGGAGAGAGAGAGAGAGACAAAAUGAGGGAAGGAGACUGGGCCCAAGAGAGAGGAUGGAGCCGGAGAACAGGGGAUGGCGAUGGGGACCGAGAGGGAGCAACGGAGCCGGAGAAGGAGGAAACAGGACGGAGACCGAGCAGGAGCGAUGGAGCCGGAGAAGGAGGAAACAGGACGGAGACCGAGCGGGAGGGAGCGCCAGGGAGGGGAAGGCGACGGAGCCGGAGAAGGAGGAAACGGGACGGAGACCGAGCGGGAGCAAUGGAGCUGGAGAAGGAGGAACAGGACGGGGACCGAGAGGGAGGGAGCCCCAGGGAGGGGAAAGGCGAUGGAGCUGGAGAAGGAGGAAACGGGACGGAGACCGAGCAGGAGCGAUGGAGCCGGAGAAGGAGGAACGGGACGGAGACCGAGCGGGAGCAAUGGAGCUGGAGAAGGAGGAACAGGACGGGGACCGAGAGGGAGCGAUGGAGCCGGAGAAGGAGGAAACAGGACGGAGACCGAGCGGGAGGGAGCGCCAGGGAGGGGAAGGCGACGGAGCCGGAGAAGGAGGAAACGGGACGGAGACCGAGCGGGAGCAAUGGAGCUGGAGAAGGAGGAACAGGACGGGGACCGAGAGGGAGCGACGGAGCCGGAGAAGGAGGAAACGGGACGGAGACCGAGCGGGAGCAAUGGAGCUGGAGAAGGAGGAACAGGACGGGGACCGAGAGGGAGGGAGCCCCAGGGAGGGGAAAGGCGAUGGAGCUGGAGAAGGAGGAAACGGGACGGAGACCGAGCAGGAGCGAUGGAGCCGGAGAAGGAGGAAACAGGACGGAGACCGAGCGGGAGGGAGCGCCAGGGAGGGGAAGGCGACGGAGCCGGAGAAGGAGGAAACGGGAUGGAGACCGAGCGGGAGGGAGCCCCAGGGAGGGGGAAGGCGACGGAGCCGGAGAAGGAGGAAACGGGACGGAGACUGAACGGGAGGGAGCGCCAGGGAGGGGGAAGGCAACGGAGCCAGAGAAGGAGGAACAGGACAGGGACCAAGAGGGAGCGAUGGAGCCGGAGAAGGGG